AGUCAGAUGAUUGAUGGCGUGUGGGUGCGUCUGCAGUUGUUGUUGAUUUCUGAGAGGAUGAUGGCAAUGAAUGAUAAUGACGCGUGCGCGUCCCCGUGCCGUGCUCACAGACGGAACACUGAUCUGUCUUCGCAGGAUAAAAUGUCCUCCGGUGUCCUGAUCACCGCACUGCUAAUCCUCCCUUUUCGUUGGGUUGGGUCAUUCCAGGUGAUAAAGAAGAGCAGAGUGUGUGUGCCGGGAAAGAGUUUCGCCUGCCGCUGUUUUCUACAUCAAGAACUGUGACUUUUACACCAAAGUCCCAUCCAGAACAGAGGCGUGUCUUGCUGGAUAAAACCACAAUAAAGGACCCACGGUUUGAAUGGAGCAAAGAUCGGAUGUUUGUCCUGCGAGAUGUGACUCACAGUGACCAGGGGCUUUAUGCAAUCAAACUGUCAUCUGGAUUCACCUACGAGACUGUUCGUCUGAAUGUCUUCGAUUGUAUUCGUUCCUACCAAAGAAACUAUGGGGAGAACUUUGAACAUGACAUCCCUCCAAAUGGCUCCUUGCUGGAGUUUUUUCCUCGGGGUGCUCUACCUCAGGCCACUCCAGUUUUGCUGUGGAACCGGACCGAUCCGGACAGUAGCGAGACGGGCCGGGGGCGACUGCUGAGAGGAGGGAAAGUUUGGGUGGCUGAGAGAGUGACACAGGCAGACCAAGGGAACUACACUAUGAGAGACAGCGAGAGAAAGGUCCUAUCCCGGAGCACCCUGACUGUCCGAGGACACACCUUCAAUGUCACCCGCUUCACCAAGGAGUCUCUAAACCUGCCCCUCUUUCUCCCUGUCCCUCAUGCACAUCUAAUUUUUACUCCAACCCGACACCCUGAUGAUGCAUCCCUGGAUCCUUUUGAUGCAAAGCCCCCACGUGGCCCUGUGCAUUUGAUCCGGGAGGGUCAGAUAAUGGACUACGAUGUACGCUACAGAGGUUUGAUCUCUCUGGGCAGGAAUGGCACUGUUAAUGAGGUGGUUAUUGCGAGGCUGACAUCAAAGCACGAUGGGCUGUACGAAAUCAGGGAUAUGAACGGCAACCUUGUGUCCUCCACCUCCUUGCAGGUGAUCGGUAGAUGGCGAGCGCUUCUGAAGUCCAUCACUGUCCCCUCUGGCUUGUUUGUGUCACUGGCUGGUUUCAUCCUGUUCAUGAAGCAUUAUCCUAACUGCAGCAUCCCGCACAUCCUCUCAGGCUUCAGAGCAAAUCGUAUUCCACCAGCCAACCUGCUGAGGGUCAACAUCCAGGACUACAGUCAGCCGAGCCCCCAGUACUCAGACUACUAUGGUCACUGUCAGCAGCCUGGAACACCAAGAACAUGGAGCCCAAGAGCCAGUCCUGCUCAUACUGGUUACACUCCCGUGGUUAUAGGACCUUCACCUCGGUUAUCUCCCAUUCACAUAAGAGCUGAGAACCAGGAACCACACAGAUUAGGUGCUGGGAGCUCGGCGAGAUAUAGUUCCAGUGCUAAGGAUGAAUGUGGUGAGAGGAAGCUCUCCUUUUCUGUCCCCGGGGCCUCAGAUUGCCUCCACUCAUCAACAGACUGCGUUCAGUUUCAAAUUAAGUCAGAUGGUGAUCAAGAAAAAUGGAACCAAGAACAGGAUUACUUUUCCACGCUGCCCCUUGACACGGAUACAUCUGAAUCUUGGAGCGUUUACACAUCGGACAAAUUAAACAUUAUAGGGCAAUGAUGGAACAAAAAUGCAAAAUGGAUUUUUCGAUGGUAUGAAGCUGCUGUGGAAGAGAAAGAGCCCACUUGUGCCUUUUUUAUUAGCUUCAUUCCACCCAUAGUGGAG